AGAGGUAAAAAGGAGAUAUGGCUGAAAAGGCGAAUGAUGAAGUUAAAAACAUACCGAGCGAACCAAUAGCUAACUUGCCAACAUUACCCGAAUCAUUGACAGAAAAGAAGAAGAGAAAAGAAUAUCUGGAUAAGGAGGCCAUUCCAGAACUGACCGUUUCGAAGCAACCCUUCAUAGAGGGUCGUUAUGAGGAUGUUAUUCCAGUAAAGAUGAUUUCUUCAGAUGGACCGAAGUUGAGCAGAGCUGAUGAUGAGACGCUCAAAAGAGAAUUUGAGAAGCUCAAAAGAGAAUUUGAGUAUGGCGGAAUUGAAUUGAAGCAUUGCACAAUUGGUAAGAAUAAACUAUAUUUUUGUGGAAGCAUAAAUUUUUUUCUAAGUGUUCUUAGAAAUUGUGCCUGGUAG